GGGAAUUGGAAUCGGGAGCAAAGAGAGUCAAAUAAAUGAAUUUUAUUACAAUUACUUUAUCGUGCUGAGAAAGAGAAGCAGAGGAAGAGUGCGGAACAUCAUAACAGGAGACCAAAGCUAUGGCAGAAGAAGUGAGAAACAAAGUAACCGCUGAAAAGAAAAUGUCAAAAUGGGUCCGACGCCCGACGGUUGACGAUCACACUAUACCCUUUCGCCAUAUAUGUACUGUGCGCCUGAUAACACCCCAUCACCCUCCAUGCGCAAUUUAGCCGGCGAUGCCACUGGGACCAUUUUUGUGCUGUGAGUCCCACCGGAUAUGCUUAUAGCGGGAUAAUCAGUUAAUCACGACCAUCCGAUUAAUUGGGACCCAUUUUUGGACCCGGUUCAUAUUAUCUGAUGCCAAAAGAAGUAUUUAGCGAGCAUUUUAAUCUUACUCUGCUCCUUUUUCCGCUCUUCCAUGGCUUGCUUCUCCUUCUCUGCUACUCGGCUUCCUUCUCUUACAUGGAUUUCAUAUCGGAAAACCAGUCAUCCCCGUCUGCUUUCUCGAUCACAGAACCCUAGCUUUAGAUUUACAACCGCCAUUAACUGUACAGCUGAGAUUGCGGACAGAACUUCGACGCUGCGAGAAAUCUGUGAAGGUCGUGUUCCAGAGCAUAUACUGCGCAGAGCGGAAGAGAUUGGAUUUGUUAUACCAACAAAUGUGCAGCGGCAAUCUUUACCUAUUCUACUAUCUGGACAAGAUUGCGUUCUUCAUGCUCAGACAGGUUCUGGGAAAACACUGGCGUACCUCCUACUAAUUUUUUCAGUUAUAAAUGUUAAAAGAUCUACUGUGCAAGCACUGAUAGUGGUGCCAACUAGAGAACUUGGCAUGCAAGUUACAAAAGUUGCUCGGAUGUUGGCUGCAAAGCCUGUGGAAACUGGACCAGAGCAGAAGAAUUGUACAGUCAUGGCUCUUUUAGAUGGAGGGAUGUUGAGAAGACAUAAGAAUUGGCUAAAGGCAGAGCCUCCUACAAUAGUCGUUGCAACCAUGGCCAGUUUGUGUCAAAUGAUUGAGAAGAAGAUUUUCACACUUGAAACAAUGAGGGUUCUGGUAAUUGAUGAGGUCGAUUGCAUGUUCAAUUCAUCAAGACAUGUGCGAUCUCUUAAGAAACUGUUGACGUCAUACUCAUCCAUCAAUAACCGCCAGACUGUUUUUGCCAGUGCAUCCAUCCCCCAGCACAAGCGCUUUCUGUAUGAUUGCAUACAGCAGAAAUGGACAAAGAGCAGUGUGGUUCAUGUCCAUGUAAAUCCAGUUGARCCAAUGCCUUCAUGCUUGCAUCACAGAUUUGUGAUUUGUCACAGAAAUGAAAAGUUGCAAACUUUGCUAUGCUUAUUACAGACAGAUGCACCUCAAUGUGGCAUAAUUUUUGUUGCUGAACAGUCAGAGAAGUCAAAGAAGGCUGGAAAUGUUCCAUCAACGAUCCGUGUAGUCGAAUUCCUGAAAACUUCCUAUGGUGAAUGUUCAGAGAUCCUUCUCCUAGAGGAAGACAUGAAUUUCAAUUUAAGAGCAUCUACUCUAUCAGAGGUGAGGCAAGGUGGGAGUUGUGGGGCUUAUGUUCUAGUUGCAACAGACAUAGCAGCCAGAGGAGUUGACCUGCCAGAGACAACCCAUAUAUACAACUUUGAUUUGCCAAGGUCUGCAAUAGAUUAUCUUCAUCGUGCUGGAAGGACCGGUAGGAAGCCAUUCUCCAAUGAGACAUGCAGCGUCACUAACAUGAUUACACCAGAGGAGCGGUUUGUAUUGCAAAGAUUUGAAAAUGAGCUAAUGUUUCAGUGUGAAGAGUUGUCUGUCUAAAAACAGAAGCCCAUCUUAAUUUACAUAGUUAUUCUUUUCA